CAUGCGCGUGUGCAUGCGCCGGCCAGCGUCUGUUCUGCGCGCUGUUUUGGUUUUGUAGUCAGCCAUUAGCCAUAGGGCCGUAGUCAGCUGACGGCAAAUGACAGCAACUUGGUUGCAUGGUUUAGUCGCUCUACAAGCUCUAGAACUGGUUGGAAACAAUAUAGACUGUUCCUGCUACUUCUGAAGUGAACACAGAUAUUCGGCAAAUUGGAGGGCAACAAACUAAAAGCCAUGAGCUCUCUCCCUGUCUGGGAGAUCAGUUCAACUGCGGAUGUUGAGAAGUGGUUGAUCUUCAGCAGCCUCAGCAAAGAAUUUGUCUCGAGGUUACGCUUGGCCUGCGUAUUUGGUAGCGCGGGCAAUGAAGCAAUUGUUGUCACAAAAGAUGAUGAUGUGUAUGCCUUGGGGUCUAACAUGAGUGCCUGCCAUGGUCUUGGAGAUACCCACGGCUCCCUUGAGCCACGGAAAGUGGAUGCAAUGUGCAAGAAGGGAAUCCGCAGUUUGGCACAUGGAAGUGGACCCCAUGUGUUGGCUGUAACUGAGAGUGGUGAACUCCUGAGUUGGGGUCAUAAUGGCUAUUGUCAACUGGGCAAUGGCACCAACACUCAUGGGGUGGUUCCCUGUUCCCUCACUAACUCUUUCAUGCACCAGAUUAUGGAUGUUGCUUGUGGAUCGCACCACUCGCUGGCUCUAACAGUUUCCGGAGAGGUAUUUGCAUGGGGUCAGAACAACUGCGGCCAGGUCGGUCUGGGGUCGACCACAAACCAGCCUACUCCUCGUAAGGUGACCUCCGGGAUUGGAGGGAGACGUUGCAUAGCUAUUGCCUGUGGCCAGACUUCCUCCAUGGCUGUACUGGAAAAUGGAGAGGUGUACGGCUGGGGUUACAACGGAAACGGGCAACUCGGGCUUGGCAACAACGUUAACCAAACCACGCCUUGCAAGGUCACCAGCCUACAGGGAGUUGUCAUAGACAAGGUCGUUUGUGGUUACGCCCAUACCAUGGCGCUGUCGGACGAAGGUGCCUUGUACAGCUGGGGGGCCAACUCAUACGGGCAGCUAGGCACUGGAAAUAAGGCGAAUCAGGUGAACCCUGUGAGGAUCGCUUCAGACAUUGGGAGGAUCGUGGAGAUAGCUGCCUCUCAUUACGUCCACAUCUCCGCAGCUAUGACUCAGACAUUCAAGGUGUACAUGUGGGGCCAGUGCAGGGGCCAGUCGGUGACGACACUCACGGAAACCCCCUUUCAUUCUAUUCAUGACGUGUUCGCGUGUUUUGCGUCACCUACAGUCACCUGGAAGCCCAUGUCACUUGAUAUAUGUCAACCUAACAAGGUUUCUGACAGCAUAAAACUAGCUUUCAAUGACCCUGCAACAAGUGACGUGAAGUUUUGCAUUGAAGGGAAGACAAUCCAUGUGCACAAGGCUAUACUAAAAAUUAGGUGUGAACAUUUUCGGUUGAUGUUCCAAUCUCCUUGGGAUGAAGAUGAAAAGGACACUGUGGAUGUGGUCACCCAUUCAUACAACGUGUACAAGGCUUUUCUUGAGUACCUGUACACGGACAAGGCUGAUCUUUCGCCCGAGGACGCUGUUGGCCUGCUUGACUUGUCUAAUUAUUACUGCGAGACACAGCUAAAGCGUCAUUGUGAACGUAUCAUUCGGCACGGCAUCCUCGUGGAGAAUGUUGCCAUGCUGUAUGCAGCGGCAAUUAAAUACGAAGCUAAGGACCUUGAGGAAUACUGCUUUCGCUUUGCCAUGAAUCAUCUCACGGCUGUAGUGCAGACGGAAGCGUUCAACAAACUCGAUGAGGCCACCGUAAAGACAUUUAUUGCCAAGGCUGCGACCUACGGUGCAUUCAAGUACUGAUAUUUGGAGGCACGCGAUAAUUCAUUGUUUGCAGCAAUAGAAGCAGCGGGGCUCAGGGAAAACCAGAAGUGGUACUUCUGAACGGCAGCUGAGAAACCGGCACGCUGCUGUUACAGGGGCAUAAAAUUCUCAUUGAAGGAGGCAUGUGUGAUUUAGCGGUUCGGCACAGGCACACGGUAUCAUUUAGUAUUUAUUGAACAACUUCUGUAUUUUAAUGCUGAAUAUCAUUCCUCUGAGAGCAUAUUUUUAAUGUCUGUCGCAUGAUAUAGGAUCUUAUUUUAUUCCGGAGCCUCCGCGUUUUAGUGCUCAAUAUCAUUCCCGAAAAUGCAUACUUUUAAUUUUUGAAUAUAUACACGUUUCGUGCAUUGCAUUCCUGGUGUAAGAUGCACACAGCUGGAUGAUGAAAAGGAAAAUGCAAUUGUUCAGUAUUGUGUGAGCAACGAUGAAUUUUUGGCAGAGGCGACUUUUAUAUUUUUAUAUAAACUCCCUAAAGGAUGUGUACUAUAAAUAUUGCUGCAUAAACUUCUCGGAACACA